CUCGGCUUCUUGCCAGGCAAAAACACGAGGAUCCCAAGUUCCCAGCACAAACCGAAAGGGGAGGAGAACCUCAAGCAGCGCAGCCAUGGCGAAGCAGGGGGCGAAGAAGAUGAAGGACGAGAACAAGAAGCGCUUGGAUUUGCUCCUGCGCAUCAUCCUCGUAUCCAACGCUAUUUACGUAGUGGUGAGGAUGGGUAUAAUGCAUUCAUCCUUCACCUGGAAGCAUUGGAUUGGACUUAUGUUAACAUCUGCUGCAUAUUUUCUUCCAUAUAAGCAACUUGCCAGUAUGGCCAAGCCAGUUUACUCUGAUAACGGAGAACUACUGGAUGGUGGCUUCGACUUGAGCACUGGUGGGAUUUGUGAGUAUCUGUAUGAUGUGAUCUAUAUCACUGUCUUCGUGCAGCUGAUGUCCAUCAUUUCUGAGAAAUUUUGGUGGACAUAUUUAGUGAUUCCAGCUUUUGCUGGAUACAAGAUUUCCGGUCUGUUGAGAGGAACAUUUUUCAGUGGUGGUUCAGAGGGUGAAGUUGAAGAUGAGAAGACCCGAAAGAAAAGGGAGAAAAUGGAGAAGAAGGCAUCUAGGGGAAAGAUGAUCAAAACUAGGACUCGUUGAUAUGCCAGCUAGGGCACCUGUUGCUGGAAGAUUAGAUUGGUUUAUCACAGCUGUCCAAUUGAAAUCCAAGCUGUUUGGCGAGUACUAUCAUGAUGAGAAGUUCAACCAACAAUUGCUCCAAACAGCUAGCGUUAUGUAGCACAGAUGUUAGCUAAUCUCCAACUUGUUCAAUCAAUAAGAAUUUUCUGUGUGACUUCUGACCCUUUUUUACCCAUGUUUCAUACAUCAACAAUGGGGCAUGGCAAAUGGGGGAAAAAAUCUCGCACAAAGCACGAUAAGAUGCUGCA